CCUCAUUUGCUGUCUAGUCUGUAUGUGCCAACUCAGCAAAUUCAGUGUAAGCGAUGUCCAUGAGCUAUCAUCUCCUCGAGUGUUUGUGUAGCAAGAAAGCAGUGGAUAGUGUCAUCAAAGGAUGCGAGGACAAGGUGCUAGUGCUGAGGUUUGGGAGAGAGACGGACCUAGUCUGUAUGGAACUAGAUGACCUUCUGUCCAAGAACCAAGUAUUGGUAAGCAAGAUGGCGGCCGUGUAUGUAGUGGAUGUUGACAGUGUUCCAGUGUACACUCAAUACUUUGACAUCACUCUAGUACCGGCUACUGUGUUCUUCUUCAAUGGCCAGCACAUGAAAGUGGACUGGGGAACUCCGGACCACACAAAGUUCAUUGGCAGUUUCAAAUGUUCUCAAGACUUUAUUGACGUUGUUGAGGUUGUGUAUAGAGGAGCCAUGAAGGGCAAGGUCAUGGUGACCAGUCCAUUAGACUCAACCAGCACACCUCACUAUGACUUACUCUAUAAAGACAUUUAAUACCUUCUUUCAGCUUUUUAUUUCUCACAAAAAUUUAUGUAUUUCAUUAGUUUUAUCAACUUCAUUAAUACCAAGAACGACA